CCUGAAGCUCCUGGCUUCUGUUGUCUUGUUGUUGUCUCCUCUGUUAUGUCAGACUUUUGUUUGGUCGUUGUUGUUGUUGUUGUCGGGUAAGCACCUCGGCAUUAACGUCAUUCAUGGAUUACUCUUUGAUUAUUCCUUUACGUUCCCUGGCAGCGCCACUGACGCGCCGGGUCGGAAGUGGGUCGGCUCGGCAUUAGCCGGUGUGAAGGUUGCAGUCUGGAGUGUGGAUGCUGGUUAGAUAAUCAGGCUGUCUGUCUGUGCUGUGCGGGCAGAGCUUGUCUCAUUCAAACUGCAGAAGACAAGCUUACCUUGCCCUCCUCACAGCCCUCUUACCUUUCCCCUUGAGACUGUCCACCUGUCCUUAUAUUACCACCUGGAAGCUAUGGCAGAGGCCCCAGCACCCACCCCCUCUGAGGAGGGUCUGCCCGUGCAGUGGAAUUUUUCCAAUCGACGCAGCAGGAAGUCGGGAUGCUCCAACAUCUUUGCAGGGAUUAACCUGCACCAGCUGCACCGGCUGUUCAGAACAGCAGGGGACGGAGACGCUGAACAUCGGGCGAAGCUGGUGUGGCGAGGGAUGGAUGCAGAUAUGGAGGGAGCAGAGGAGGCGAAGGAGGACGAAAGGGAGGAGCGGGAGGAUGAGGCAGGGCUGGCCCAGGCCUUGGUGGGCCUCCGAGUCCGAGCCAGGAACAAAGCAGGCAUCAGAGCGGAGGGACACAGAGACCUCAAGUGGCUCAAAGCAUCAGGAUAUCUCAGGAUUGAGGAGCCAUUAUCCGGCUACACCAUCGACGAUGAUGAGGCCAACAUAGAGCCCAGUCCGGGAGAAAUUCUGCCAGCGAUUGGGGAAGACAUCCCAGAGUACCAAAAUCCCUUCAAACCCUCCUCAUGGAGGUUGGAUGUGGCGAGACAGGAGUGUGCCAGACACUCUGAACGUUACCUUCACCGCAUCCUCCACUAAAAACAGACUGGAGCUCUGAACAACACACUGCGGUUGUAAUGCAGUGCUGAAGUAAUGAAAACACAACAAAAUGAACUGAUUCUGCAUGGAAGGACACACUGUAGUACCACUGUUAGCACCAUUUGCUAACAUGUACUCUGCUAGAUCCCAGCAUAAAGACAAUUUUUAUAAAUGAUUUACCAUGCGUUGAUGUAAAAGCUGAUGUGGUUAUUUAUGCUGAUCACACAACUUUGCUCUGUGCAUCAGUAACAUUAGCGGAGCUGACAGAGAAUCUACAUGGCGAGUUGCAUGCCGUUACUAAAUGGGUGAAAAUGAACAAUUAGCAUUGAACAUUGCCAAAACUUAAUGUAUUAUAUUUGGUGGUGGGAAUGUUCUCACUAACGCCGCUGUGCUCAGCUUGUCUAUCGAUGGGAUAUCAGUUGAGCAGGUCACCAAAACCGAAUUACUGCGUGUUAAAUUCAAUAAUUUACUGUCAUUUCAAAGAAAUGUUCUGCAUAUGUUCCACUUUCUGUUAUUAUUGAUGUUGUAAGGUCAUACCAGGAGCACUGCCCAGUCAUCUGAUCAAGUGCUGCUGAAAAAUAUCUUUGAAAGUAAACUUCAAAUUGUGCAGAACAAAGCCGUUAGGUUAGCUCCUUGUUAUUUUUAUGUGUGUGAGAUGACGAUAUUGUAACACUGCAUUAAAUGUUCAUUUUUCAAGAGCACUUACAGUGUAUUUCUGGCCGAGGAUGUUUUGGUUUUUUAUGACAUAAUACUGGAAUUAAUGUCCAAAUGACGAUGCAGUCAAUCACAUUCUUUUAAAACCUGCUUUUAACUGACUUUUUGGCCCAGAGGGGGCUGCAAAAACAAGUUGUAAACACACAUAGCCUAUUUACAUGUGCAGUUACAGUUACAGUUUUUGGCCACCUGAUGAAUGUAAGUCCAAUAUUCACUCUUUUAGCUCUGUUUUUGGUCUCCACCAACUCCUGAGGGGAAUAUCUGGCUCCACUAUGUUCACCAACUUAUCUGUAACUGCGUUUGUCUGUGGUUUGGUGGUGAACAUAGUUUCUUAGAGCUUUACUGCUGAAAACAGCUGACUGCUGCAGUGGGAAACGAUGCCAGUGACAGUGGUUAGACUGACGCUAAAGAUUAAAAUUGUAAGCCAUGAAACCAAAACAAUGACCUGAACUACAGUCACAUCGAGGGUCUAAGGACGCAGAGUCUUGAACACUGUACAGAUUGUAAAGCCCUCUGAA